GCGACUUUGUCUUUUAGUCACAAUUAGAGAGUUUUAUGUUGUAUAUCGGUUGUUUGUGCUCUGCAGAUGAUGUUCUCUCUCUAAUGAAAGGGGAUGUGGCGAUUAGUGGAUGCUGCUGUUAUUGUCCUCUAGAUGGCAGUAGUGCUGAGCACACAGUUAGCAGAGGCAUUAUCCGAGUAAAAGCUCAGAGCAAGGAAAACUCGUGUGGAGGUUCAGUGCUGAAGAAAUCACGACAACACACUCCAGCUUUUAUAUUGAACCUUCUGCUGCCAGACUGUUUAUCUGACGGACACUUCAGCUGCUUGCCUUUAUUCAGUAUAUAUUGGGGCUCAACUGUGAGUUCCUCUACAGAAGCGAUCAGGAACGCUGGACUUUGUUAUUUCAGCUAAUAUUUCAUACACAAACAGGCCUGACUGUGGAGACGUGAGUUAAAAUGAGAGGAAAAACAAAAUCACUGAAGAGAAAAGACAGAAAACGUGUCACCUGCACUCAGUGUGGGAAGAGUCUGGCAAACAAAGACAAUCUCAAGGUCCACAUGAGGAUUCACACCGGAGAGAGACCAUUCACAUGUUCUCAGUGCGGGAAGAGUUUUAGAGACUCAUCAAACCUUAAUAGACACAUGUUGAUCCACUCUGGAGAGAAAACACACUCAUGUGAUCAAUGCGGAAAAUCAUUUCUGUUGGCUUCAAAGCUGAAUGAUCACCUUAGAGUUCAUGCAACUGAGAAGCCUUCAUGCUCUGUGUGUGGAAAGAGUUUUGCACAUGAAGUAAAUUUAAGAAGACAUCAGAAGAUCCACACCGGUGUGAGAGAGUAUGUGUGCUCUGAGUGUGGGAAGACUUUUUUUACAUCUACAAGCUUACAACAACACCAGAUGAUUCACACUGGAGAGAAACCGUACAAGUGUUCACACUGCGACAAGAGAUUCAGUCAGUUAAGAAACCAGAAAAUACAUGAGAUGAUUCACACUGAAGAGAAACUGUACAAGUGUUCACACUGCGACAAAAGAUUCAAUUGGUUAGGAAACCAGAAAAUACAUGAGAGGAUUCACACUGGAGAGAGACCGUAUAAGUGUUCACACUGCGGCAUGAGAUUCGGUCAGUUAUCAAAUCUGAAAUCACAUGAGAGGAUUCACACUGGAGAGAAACCGUACAAGUGUUCACACUGCAACAAGAGAUUCAGUCAGUUUAGAAGCCUGAAAUCACAUGUGAGGAUUCACACUGGAGAUACAGAUAUGCAAACUUGCAGUAUUGAUGGGUCGUUCUGGAACAAAUCUUUAAUGUGACUCUGCAAUAAUGAGUCCUUUCAGAGUGAUUCCUUCAUUGCUGUAUGUGCAGAAAGGGGAAAUGAUUGAUUAUUUUAUAUUCUAUCAGGUUUGAGUCGUUCAUUAUUCACAUGAAAUAUCUGUAGAUCCAUCCUCUAUGCACUUUGAGCUGCAAAAAAAAUUAGUCAUAUUUUCAAGUC